GUAAUAUAAACUAAUGCUGGAUUCUAUCAAUAAAAGAUUAAUUAUUGUUACAAUAAAACACAUGUUUUGUUAUUAUAAAUGAAUCGAUAACAUAAUCAAAAAAUAAUCAAUUGGAAUAUUAUUUCAUCUAUUUGCGUAAGUACGUUAUUAUUUAAACAAAAAACAAUGAACGUGUUUGAACUUAAAUGUAAGGUGCAAAAUUAUGCUUGGGGAGAACUAGGAGAAAAAAGCAAAGUAGCUCAAUUAAUAAAGUCCAAUGAUCCAGAAUAUGCAAUAGAUAGUACAAAACCUUAUGCCGAAUUAUGGAUGGGUACCCAUCCCAAUGGAGAAUCAAUUAUCAAAGGUAAUAAUGAGCAUUUAAGCAAUUGGAUUAGAAAUAUCAAUGGUACAAAUGGCCAACUUUCAUUUUUAUUCAAAGUUCUAUCAAUAAACAAAGCUUUAUCAAUUCAAUCACACCCCAAUAAAGAAGAAGCGCAAAGACUACAUUCUUUGAGACCAGAUGUUUAUAAAGACCCAAAUCACAAACCAGAACUAGCCAUAGCCUUAACAGAAUUCAAAGCUAUGUGCGGAUUUCGUGUGUAUUCAGAAAUUCAAAUGUUUAUACAAACUUUACCAGAACUACAAAAACUUAUUGGAGAUUCAAAAGCUGAAUUGUUCUUGAAAUCUCCUUCAGAAGAAACAUUAAAACCUUGCUUUGAGGCAUUAAUGAAAGCUGAUGAUGUUGCAGUUGUGCAAUGUCUGAAAGAUAUUGAAGCUCGAUUAAAAAAUAAUUCAAUAAAAUUAGAUGUACAUAAAGAUUUAUUUCACAAACUCAAAGAGCAGUUUCCAAAUGAUGUGGGAAUUUUAUGUAUAUACUUCUUAAAUGUAUUACAUCUUCAACCAGGGCAAGCUAUAUACCUCGGACCAAACAUUCCACAUGCAUAUAUACAUGGUGAUUGUAUUGAAUGUAUGGCUUGUUCUGAUAAUGUUAUUAGAGCUGGUUUAACACCUAAAUAUAAAGAUGUAGAUACUCUUAUAAAAACACUUGAUUAUAAAGGAUACAAUGUUGAUAAGCUUAUCUUUAAAUCUAUCAAAGUAAAUCACUAUACGGAAAUAUUUAAGCCACCUGUUCCAGACUUUGCAGUUGCUAAAGUAGUAGUGCCUCCAGGAACACAAGAAAAAAUAAAAUGUGCAUAUGAUUCUGAUUCUAUAAUUAUUGUUGUUGAAGGUGAAGCAGAAUCAAAUGCAGUUAAGUUAUCAAAAGGGAUGAUAUUAUUUAUUGCCAAAAAUGAAGAUUUCUAUAUCAACAAUAAUUCAAAAGAAAAGUCAUUUAUACUUUAUCAAGCUAUGUCCAAUAGUAGUCUUCUAUAA